AUGGGGCGCAAGGAGUUCAUCAGCGACGGCCUGCGGCUGGAUGGGCGGCGGCCUAAGGAGCUGCGGCGGAUGCGGAGCCAGAUCGGCGUGCUGCAGAGCGCAGACGGCUCGGCUAUGUUUCAGAUGGGCAACACGCAGGCCCCGCAAUUCGGCGCUGCCCCACACCGCCUCGCUGCCGCCGCCACUGCCGCACGACCCCAGGUGCUGGCGUCUGUGUUUGGGCCGCGCGAGGUGGAGGUGCGGUCGCAGCUGAAAACAGACCGGGCCAUAGUGAAGUGCGAAUACGCAAUGGCUGCAUUCAGCACAGGCGAGCGGCGGCGGCGCGGCAAGAGCGAUCGGCGGUCGACGGAGCUGUCCUCUGUGAUCCGCAACACCCUGGAGCAGACCAUACAGCUCGAGGAGUAUGCGCGCAGCCAGAUCGACGUGUACGUGCAGGUGCUCCAGGCGGACGGCGGCACUCGCUGCGCCUGCAUCAACGCCGCCAUGCUCGCGCUCGCCGACGCGGGGAUCAAGCUGCGCGACACGGUCGCGGCCUGCGCGGCCGGCUACCUGGCGUCCACGCCGCUGCUGGACAUGAAUUACGAAGAAGACAGCGCAGGGGGGCCCGAUGUUGCUGUGGCGUACCAGCCUGGGCUGGACAAGAUCGUCCUGCUGCAGAUGGACGGCCGCCUGGCAGCCGAGGCGUUUGACGAGUGCGUGCAGCUGGCGGUGCAGGGCUGCCGCGAGGUGGCGGCCGCGAUGCGCAAGGCGCUGGUGGGGCACACCAAGGCGCUCAUGGCGGCUGGGGGCGGCGCCGCAGGAGGCGGCCGCGGAUGA